AUGCUGCCACAUGUAGUUGCCACAGAGCAGCAGUCAUUGGUGGUUGUUAAGAAAUUACUAGCUAUCGCUGUCUCCAGCAUCACUUACCUUCGAGGUCUUUUUCCAGAAAAAGCAUAUGGGAGUAAAUACGUUGAGGAACAGAAAGUGAUGAUACUUCGAGAGGAGCGGACUUGCCCUGGUGCCAGUCAGAUUGUUCAGUGGUUGCAGGGAUGUUUUGAUGCCAUCCAGAAGAGAUACCUCCGAGUGAUUUUAUUAUCCAUGUAUUCUGAUCCUGAAUACCCCGAGAAAGUAACUGAAUGCUACCAGUUCAGAAUUCAGUACACUGAAAAGGGGCCUCGGCUGGAUUUUGAAAGCAAAAGCCAGAAGAAUAUGACUAAGGUGGACUGCAAUGACAUAAAGAAAGCAAGUAUUCUGCUGGUGCGUAAACUGUACACGCUGAUGCAAAACCUCGGCCCGCUCCCUGAUAGUGUUUGCCUCAACAUGAAGCUCUCCUACUAUGAUGAUGUGACUCCACAGGACUACCAGCCACCAGGCUUUAAAGAAGGAGAAAACAGCACACUCGUGUUUCAGAAAGAGCCGGUGAAUCUGACCAUGGGAGAGGUUGUUACGCCUUUUCACACCCUAAAAGUGGAUGUCACCACUGAGAGAGAAAGACUGGAACAGGUAGAUGAUAACGAACCAAUAUGUGCCCGGGAUAGAUGGACUUUGAAAAUAAAUGGAGAAGAAAUGGAUUGUGUGUCAAAGGAAAUCGUAUCCAAAGAAAACGUUGUUAUUGACACCGGAAUUGAGAACUCAGAUCUGAGCAAAGAGGAGAUGCUGGAAAAUUCACAGUUUAUGACAGACAGUCUUGUAAAGAAGACAGCGGCUCUCAAUGUGGCUACCAGGAAAACAAGGAGCGGCCGAGUGAUCAACUCUGCAGACAAGAAACAUGGUACAGUGCCUCCAGCUUCAGAAAAGAAACCGGUUUCUCAGUUUCAGUUUCCGCUUAGUCAAGACCCUUUGCCUACUGCCCCAAAGAGGCGCAAGUUCAGUGUACCUAAAGAAAACCACUGACGCUUUGCUACAAAACAUUGUAACGUUAGCAGGACAGCUAGAGCGUCUGAACACCCUGCAUAAUAUAUAAUAUCGUAUUGUAUAAUAACAUAUAAAACAAAGCAGUAGUUUUGUUCCUUUUAUCUUCAUAGCUUGAAUCCAAGAUGUUAAACAGUCUGUUGCCAUGAAUUAAUAGUAAUUAUUGGUACAUGUGUUUCAGGAACAGUGUGUUUGUUAAUACAUGUGAAAUAAGUCAAACCUGUUUUAGCGCAUACAAAAAAUUGUUGUUUUGUUUGUUGUUUAUUUGAU